AUGACCACCAUGGAUUUGCGUGUCGGUAACAAAUACCGUAUUGGUCGUAAGAUCGGAAGCGGUAGUUUCGGUGACAUCUACCUCGGUACCAACAUCAUCUCUGGCGAGGAAAUCGCCAUCAAGCUCGAGAGUGUCAAGGCCAAGCACCCCCAACUCGAGUAUGAGGCCCGUGUCUACAAGUCCCUUGCUGGUGGUGUCGGUAUUCCCUUUGUUCGCUGGUUCGGUACCGAAUGUGACUACAAUGCCAUGGUUAUCGACCUUCUCGGACCCAGUUUGGAAGACCUUUUCAACUUCUGCAACCGCAAAUUCUCGCUCAAGACUGUACUGCUACUAGCCGAUCAGCUUAUUUCCCGCAUCGAGUACAUCCAUGCCAAGUCCUUUAUUCACCGUGAUAUCAAGCCCGACAACUUCCUGAUGGGCAUUGGUAAGCGUGGAAACCAGGUCAACGUGAUUGACUUUGGUCUGGCCAAGAAAUACCGUGACCCUAAGACUCACUUCCAUAUCCCUUACCGUGAGAACAAGAACCUUACCGGAACUGCCCGUUACGCCAGUAUCAACACCCACCUUGGUGUUGAACAGUCCCGCCGUGAUGAUAUGGAGUCCCUCGGAUACGUCAUGCUCUACUUCUGCCGUGGAUCCCUCCCCUGGCAAGGACUGAAGGCUGCUACUAAGAAGCAGAAGUACGACCGUAUCAUGGAGAAGAAGAUGACAACCCCUACCGAGGUUCUUUGCCGUGGAUUCCCCAACGAGUUCUCCAUCUACCUGAACUACACCCGCUCCCUGCGUUUCGACGACAAGCCCGACUACUCCUACCUGCGCAAGAUUUUCCGGGAUCUGUUCGUCCGCGAGUCGUUCCAGUACGACUACGUUUUCGACUGGACCGUCUACAAGUACCAGAAGAACGCCGCCAUGAUUGUCGACGCGUCCAAGAAGGACAAGGAGGCUGAUGGUCGCCAGGGUGUCGGAGCUGCCGCUCCCAUGGGCACCCCUGGUGCUGCCGUCAAGCCCGGUGCCAUCUCUAGCCAGCGCCGCAAGGUCAUCGAGCGUGGAGCCCUCGACAACACCCCCGACACCAACCGUGCUGUGGGAGGAAGUGACAGGAUGCUGCGUUCUGCUUCCAAGGUUGCUGCUGGUGCUUAUGGACCUGCUGGUGGCCGUUCGAAGCGGGACGAUGGGAUCGGUGCUCAGUGGUACUAAUUGUGCGGCAUGGCAGUGUAGUUGGGCCUUUGGAAUUAUUUCAAUUGUUUAGCUUCCUGCAUGUUGACACCACGCUGACCUAGAAGCCCGGGACCAUGGUGAUGCUCGGUACCUCAUCCAAUGUGCGGCACAACCUCUCGGACUUCUUUCACCUUGAUCUCCACUUUUUCAAGUUUCUUUUUUCUAUGCACUCUCUGUUAGCCCGUCAGUUUUCGAUCACCUUCCGAUCUUCGCCGUUUCGAUCCGUGGUUUUUGUUUCAAUCGUCAGCUCGCCCUUUCAGCCUUAAUCCUUCACCCGUGGAGGCUUCUCGUUGAUCGACUACUACUUCGAGCCUACGAUGCUAUCUUUUUUCGAUAUGCGAAACUCCCACUUUCUCGAAGCGCUUUAAUUGUGGCU